CAGCUCUCGGCAAAGCGUAGCAGACGAAUUUGUUCAUGCAUUGAGAAAGAAAAAAUAUCACAAAACAAGGAGUCUUGGAUGGCUUUCUCCUUGUUUUGACAGCAGACGGCACCAUUUUCUAUGUCUCCAGUAAUGUGCUGCAGUACUUGGGAUACAAUCAGGUAGAUCUAAUGCAUCGCUGCCUCUACAGUAUAGUACACAGUGAUGAUAUGUUUGAGCUGAAGAUGGUUAUGGAGACUACGCUGGGGCACUUGGUAGUACAUCCUGGCAACCAAGCUGAUCAAAAUCAGGACGGCAUUCAGAACCUGGAAGAAUGCAAUGUAAGUGGAAGAGAGACAUGCAAGCCUGUGUCUUUUGUUUGCCGAAUGCGGUGCUUCAGCGGAUCUUCUAUUGGCUACCUUAAAAUGCAUUGCUCUGGUAAGAUGGUGCAUGUACCAAAUAUGCCAAAAAGCAAGCGUUUCUCAAGCAACAUAGUGCUCCUAUUUUGCAACCCAUUCAUGCUGAGGGCAUCAGAGUUACAUAUUGAUCUGCAGAAGAAUGUUUUCUGGAGCAAGCAUGAUCUCAAUCUUAACAUCAAGGAGAUGGACAAAAAAGGUGCAGAUAUUAUAGGAUUUGAACCAGAAGAACUGGAGAAACGUUCCUUCUAUAUCCUAAUCCAUCCAGAAGACUUGGCAUCAGUUGCUGCAUGCCACAAAAUGUUGAUAGAGAGUAACGAAGUCCAAACAGUAUACUUUCGCCUUCAAGCAAAAGGUGGGGAGUGGGUUUGGCUCACAUCUCGAGGCAAAAUGAUCAGCAGAAAUUCCAAGAAGUUCUCCAUUGCUUUUUCUCACUGCCCCUUAAGAGAGGAAGACAGUACUUACAUUCAGCAAGAAGCUGCGCUACGGAGGCGGCAUGCAAUCCAUGACCUUAUCUGUAUACCACGGUCUCAACACGUACAGCACUCAAACAACCAGCACAUGGACCAAAAGAAUUAUCCUUGCAUGCCUCUAAGAUCAAAGAAAGCAGACUCAGCUGAUCGCUACCAUCCAUACUACACAGCGAAGAGCGACAGCAAGUGCACAAGUAAUAGCUCAAGUAUCUGUAAAGUGGAUGCAAAAAAGGAAGAUUGCAAUCUGGUGGACACUAGCUGUGUUUUAGAUGUCAUCUGCCCAUCAGCUUGGCAUGCAAUGUCUGAUCGUCACUCUCCCGUCUUGCCAUCAAGCCAUGUUGCCCACAAGAUCAGCCAGCGAGAAAAACAGAUACAGUUUCAAGAGUUCUGUCGUCGUCAGCAUAUGGAGACUGACAGCCACAGAGGAAAUGGCAAAAUAAAUGGAAUGUGGGAUGGGAAUAAUUAUGGCUUAGUUCAAAGAAAAAAUUUACUUUCUGCAGGCAGUGGUGAUGAUGUAUGUUCGUUGUUACAGUCUAGCGCCUGUAGUGGUAGUAGGAUGUCUGUCUCUAUGACUAGGGUCUCAGAAGUAAAUGGCCUUCCCCUUCAGGAAUCUCAGAUUGCUGCAGGAUUUGGCCACUACAUUGCAGCCCCACAAGGUGGUCCUGCUGCCUACAUCACUUCCUGGCCUGGAUGUACCCCAGCUUCAUGCGCAGACUCUGCUGGGGGAGCUUGCCUUACGCCAUCACGUUCCCCACUCCAGUCAAGGCUUCCACAUGCCUAUGGUGCGUUUACUGCACAGACUUUCCAACCUCACAUGCCAACACUCUGUGAAUCAUCUAAAGCACAGAACAUACCCUGUACUAACAUGCCACCCUCUCCACCACCCUCUCCACCAAAUUCCUUUUUACGGCAUGCUCCUCUGUAUCAUUAUUUUCAGCCAGAGAAAAACGAAGCUAAUGCAGUCAGUUAUGUAGGUUUCUGUAACUACAGACCAGAGUGGUCUUCAGGUCAUGCAUGCAUUGGCUAUCCUCAAAUGCAGUCUGCACCAUACACAGACUUUUACAGCGUUUUACCAGCAGUAAGCACUGCCUCAUGUACCAUUGCCGAACUCCAAAAGACCACAGAAAAGUUCCUGCAGGUGAAGGAAGAAGCUAGCUGUGAUGAAGAUAGAAAUGCAGAAAUCCAUGUAGAAUGUCAAACAGCUGGUUUGCAUUGUGAAGGCAAUAACAAGAGACCAGACUGGUAUUAUCGGCCACCUUGGUCCUACGAUGGACAUCUAACAGCACAAAAGUCAAGUGAGAGUGCAUCAGGGCCUGGUUUACCUUUUGCAAAGCCUAAUUUGCCUGAGUCCUUAGAGGAACCCAUUUCCAAACACACAAACAGGUCAAUAAUCUGCUCAAACAGACCCACCACUGAUUCUCAGAUAGGACACAAAGUAAUGCCACAGUGCUAUGUCGAAAACUUUGGUACAAGCACUUCCAGCCACCAUGCAAACUUUCUGACAGUGCCAUCAUCUAGCUUUGGGUCACCGCCACCUUAUCCAUACCCAUUUUAUCAUCAGGCUGGACCCCACCCUCGACAAUACCCUGUGCCUCAGCUUUUUGGAUCCCAAAAUCUCCAUGUUAAGGUAGUAGAUAUCCAGAGACCUGUUGCUGACCAGCCACCACUAGAUCUCCCAUCCAUUGGAAGCUUCCUUGAAUACCUGAACGAAGUAUAAUAACUUUCUGAAACAGUAUUUUCUUUAGAUACCUAAUGUAUAUAGCAAACCUUAUUUUUAGGUUUUCAUUUCUUGCCAUUUCAUGUGUGAUUAAAUUUUCCCAGAACUACAUUUAAUAGAUACUUGCUGUGAUAAACGGUGUACAUGAUGUAAACUUAUUUCUGCAUGUUUUCUUUUUCAGGAUUUUUGAAAUAAAACCUCUGAAAUGAUGACACAUGCAUAUACUAAAUUCCUUAAACCAUUUCAUAAAUGUAUAUUUUAUACCUGUUUAAAAGCUAUUUCCACAAAGGUAAGAACAAUCAAGUCUAACUCCUUAUUCACAGGUCAAGAGUAUUCUAUGAUUUCUUAACUACCAAUAGUUAAUACAAAAAAACUGCUUUUAAAUUGUCUCAGAUAAAAAUCAAUCGCUUUUGUCAGACUUGAUGUUAUUCACUAUGGUGGGAAAAAGCAGCUGUUAUAAUCCGUUGUAAAGUCACUAAAUAAUUUCUAGUCUUCUUCCAACAUCUUCAGUUUUUCUACCAAGUUAUUUCUAAAAAUGAUGAGGCCACAUAGUUUUAAUUUUUAAAAAAGCCCUAAAAACAUUUUUAAGAAAUAAAUUUUUAACCCCUGUGACGAGCUUUGCCAUAUCAAGACAGUUCCCUAGAUAUAAAAAUAUAAGAAAAGAAAGACAUUAAGCAAUAUGUACCUGUCUGCAUAGCAGACAACUUGCCAUAUAAAACAUUAAAAAUAUAAUUUCAUAUCAUAUUAAAGAAUUAGUGAAAUAUAAACAGAACUAAGAAUGCUGCCUACUGCUGACUAGUUAAGAUGAAUGUGAAGGGGAGCAUUGCAGGAUAACUUAAUAGCUGUAAGAUUAACAAUGGGAAAAAAAGGAACAGUGAACUAUAAGGGGUUCACCAAGUUUAGGGCAUCGUAGGUGGAAUGCAAAGCCCCAACCUGUCUCACCUUUUAUACUUCCUACAAGAAACUGAAAACUAGAAUUAGACAUAAAAACAGAUUUAAGAAACAAAGGGAAGUGGGGUUUUUUAUAUCUUAAGAUUUAUUUCAAACAAAUGUACAAAACAUCAACAAAAUCAUGUAAUCAAUAAAACAAGUAAUCAUGCUAAUAUUUGUAUAUACACCCAGUUUGUACUGGAAGAUGGUACUUACCACCAUUUAAACAUCACAUUUCUGUCUCCCCGUAGUUCUCAAACAACAUGCUAAAAAAAUAUAAACAAAAUCCUAUAUAGGUCUCCCUCCACAGAUAUGUUGUCUUUAUAUGCAAUUGACAUGGAAUCCACAUAAAUGCACACGUACAAUUGACAUACAAAACCUAAAAAUGUAUAAAAUGUCAAGACACUUUUAAGUAUCAAGUACCAAAAAAAAAUAAAAUAAGGGAACAAUGUUAAGUAUUUACAUACGGCACCAUAAUAACUAGUAUAUGUCAGUCAUGAAAGUUCUUCCAGUAUGGCUCUGAUUCCACAGCUGGGCUCAUGUCUCACAAUGUUGGUGACAAAGCAGAAAAACAGAAGAAUGCUCUAAGGCCUCAAAGAGGCAAUGUAAACAUCAGGCCAAGGCGUUGUCUAGUGUAAAAGUCUGAAGAUGGUAGUUUGUUGUGAGUGUUGUAGGUGUAGCAACUGGUCAUCAGAUGGUGGGCUAAACAGGUCCUUCCAUUUCUGCCUGUAGUGUCCACAUCUUUCGCUUCAUUAAAUGAAACAGGUUUUGGGAGCUGUUACAAUUAAUUCCCUCCUUUUCUAGCAAGCCACAGUGGGCAUGAAUCCACUGGACAGUAGUGUCAUGGGCUAUGAGAGAGUACACACUGGGUACCUUGUAUCUUGAUGUUUUUAAGGCAAUUACAGGCUUUUUAAGUCAUGGAUGUCUGUUAGGAAAGUGACAUGCUGGUAGGACAGUUUUUAGCAUUUAUAACACAUGGUUUCUGUAACUCAAACCUGUACCAUCACUGAAAUUCUCAGAAAGAAAUGCUGAUCUUAAGGCAGUGUCAGUUUGACUCUCCUUGUUGCCAUUGUUGAAGUGUGAAUAAGACUAUAUCCCUUACAAUACUUAAAAACUAAAUGAUAAUUUCCAAUUUCUGUUUCAAAUUUUGCAACAAUACACUAUUUAUCAACAUAAAUUUUUAUUUUACAAACAAUACAAAAUGUUUGUGCCUCUUUUAGGAUAUUGGUAAUAUAUCUGAUGAUAAGCGGUUAUUUAAUGUGAAUUUCAAAACUUCAGGAAUGUACAUAUUUCAACUGGACCAAAACUAGAUGUAUUUAGAAAAAAAAAUUAGAAUAUGAGAAUGUCUGUACAAUGGAAUGAGUUGUUUAGUCAUAUAUAGUCUAGAUUUCACAAUUUGUGUUUCUCAAACACAACUGUCUUAAGCUACAAAAACUAACAUCUACAGCAUUUGACAACAUAAGCUGAUAUUUUUUGUAAAAUUUUUUCACAAUAUAUAACAUUCAUUCAUCCCUUUCUUAGUGACACAAGAACUAAAUACUCCAUCAAAAAAAAAAACAAUAA